UUGACGUAUUGCGUAUGACGUUUCAGACCGGCUCCUUUUACUCAUCUACACUUCCCUUGUAGGUCCUUCUUUGAGCUGCAUCAUGGCGAACGUUGUUGAUACUAAGCUAUACGACAUCUUAGGGGUGUCUCCAUCUGCGUCUGAAAACGACCUAAAAAAGGCAUAUCGCAAACUAGCAAAAGAGUACCACCCAGACAAAAAUCCAAAUGCUGGAGAUAAGUUUAAGGAGAUCAGCUUCGCCUAUGAAGUGCUCACCAACCCCGAGAAGAAGGAGCUGUACGACCGCUACGGGGAGCAGGGCCUCCGGGAAGGAGGAGGCGGGGGAGCCGGGAUGGACGACAUCUUCUCCCACAUCUUCGGAGGGGGGCUCUUCGGCUUCAUGGGCGGACACAGCCGGAGCCGGAAUGGCGGCAGGCGAAGAGGGGAGGACAUGGUCCAUCCGCUAAAGGUGUCUCUCGAAGACCUGUACAAUGGAAAAACAACAAAAUUACAACUUAGCAAGAAUGUUCUAUGUAGUACCUGUAAUGGACAGGGGGGUAAGACCGGUGCGGUUCAGAAGUGCACCGCCUGCAGGGGGCGUGGCAUGCGCAUCAUGAUCAGGCAGCUGGGUCCCGGGAUGGUCCAACAGAUGCAGUCCGUCUGCACGGACUGCAACGGCGAAGGCGAGGUCAUCAGCGAAAAAGACCGCUGCAGAAAGUGCGAGGGGAAGAAGGUGGUGAAGGAGGUGAAGAUCCUGGAGGUGCACGUGGACAAGGGCAUGAAGCACGGCCAGAAGAUCACCUUCGGGGGCGAGGCCGACCAGGCGCCGGGCCAGGAGCCCGGAGACAUCCUCCUGGUUCUGCAGGAGAAGGAGCACGAGACAUUCAAAAGAGAUGCCCACGACUUGCACAUGACCCACAAGAUCGGCCUUGUGGAGGCACUUUGCGGAUUCCAGUUCACACUGAAGCAUCUGGACGGCAGGCAGAUUGUGGUGAAAUACCCCCCUGGCAAAGUCAUCGAGCCAGGUUCCAUCCGGGUAGUCCGUGGUGAGGGAAUGCCACAGUACCGCAAUCCUUUCGAAAAGGGGGACCUGUACAUCAAAUUUGACGUCCUGUUCCCUGACAACAACUGGAUCAACCCCGAGAAACUCGCGGAGCUGGAGGACCUGCUCCCGUCCCGGGCGGAGCCCCCCAUCAUCUCGGCCGACGCGGAGGAGGUGGACCUGCAGGACUACGACAUGAGCCAGGGCUCGUCCGGGGGCCACCGACGCGAGGCCUACAACGACAGCUCCGACGACGAGAGCGGCCCCCACGGCCCCGGCGUGCAGUGCGCCCACCAAUAGGCCCCGCCCACAAGGGGGAGGGGGGGGGGUUAGGAGAGGAGGAGGACGAGGAUGAGGAGGGCGGGCGGGAGGAAAAAAAAAAAGUUGCACAAAUUUUACAUUUUGAUCUGGUUUGGACUUUUCCCACAACAUCUAUCUAUUGCCCCUAUCCCAGCAUCCUUCUCCCCACUGGCAAUCCAGAUCAGCUAAGAAAAGGUCACACUUGUCACUCUGCUCAGCAUGUAAACUUGUUCCUUUUUUAUUUUUGUCACCACAGUACUAUUCCGUUAAUUUAAAUGAGCCGUGAAAUAAAACGCAGACGUGCUGCCUCGAGCUCACCCUUCCACAGAGGUGUGAGUUGGUGGGAAAGAUGCAAACAAAUCCAGGGGACGUCACCAUCGCAAGGUUUUAGGUUUGUUGGAUCCCUGCUUGAUUUUUACCUCUUUUUUUUUUUUUUUCUUUUCUUUUCUUUUUAAAAACUUUUUUCCCCCUUUAUAGAUUUUAAAUCAGGGGUGGGGGCUUUCAGUGAGUGAUUGACAUUAAGUUUGUAUAGGCUGCAGGCCCAGAGCCCGCCGUUUCUCCUCAAACCAGCAACAUGAUCGAGAGCAAUGGAUCCUGCACUGGGAAUAACCAUCAAAUUGGAGCAUGGGAAAGUCUUGAAAAUUUACAGACGUGAGCUACAUUACUUGUCAAAAGGUUUCAGAAGUUGCCGAAUAAAAUAUUCUUCAAAAUCUCGAGCUAUACUGAGCAUGUCAUCUGUAACCUUAUCCCACUGCAACAGCAUGGUACUCCUGUAAAAGCCUCGCAUGAGUCUAUUGCUCUUCUCUGGUUGGAUCAGGUGUCACAUGAUGUGUGCCAAUCAAGGGAUUGUACGUUGUUGAGAGGGAAGUCAGUUUGGUCCUCUAGCCUUGCCACCCUCCAAACCCAGAUUUAGUUUUGUAAAUACAGGUGACAUGAUAACCUGUCUGUUCCUUUUUUCAGACAUUUCCUUGUUCGGACGUAUUGGUAGAAUCUUGAAUGUUCCAACGUGCGUGUAUAUAAUUGAGGGUUAGUGCCUACAUAUUCAGUGUGUUUCCCUGGGUAAACCCAUUGAAUCAGCCUUUGAGAUGGGAUUAAAUACUGAAGGUGACAAAAUCGCCAUUGGUUUAUAAUCCAGAUUGGGAACAGACUGCAAAUCACACAAGCGCAGUGGGCUUGGGAGGCUGUGGUUGAGGCCAGCCCCUGGGAGGGAAAAUACCUUUUAAAAAAUUAUAAUCUCGUAUAACCACUGUUGUAGUCCAUUCGCGUAAAGCUGUACAGUACUUUAACGGCAGUGUCUGCAUUUGAGUAUCUCAUUUUAGUCUGCACUUAUUCCCAAAACAAUAUUACAGCCCUUUGUUUAAAAAAAAAAAAAAGAUGUCAACUGUGAGCUUCUCCCCAAGGAUUCCUCCACAUCUGGACACACCCACAGACCAGUGCAGAGGCCUCAGAUGAGCUCCUGCACCUGUUCCAACCAACCGACCAGCCCAAGCUGAACAUGAUCCUGUAUCGAUAUCAAUGUGUGAUGCACAUUGUUUGUUCAUGUUUACUUGUACAAUAAAAGCUGUCACCCGUUU